UAGAUAAAAAUAAAUAUGGCCUAAUUAUACCAAAAUAUAAACUAUUUCAGUAAAUGGAUAAAAAUAAUAUAGGGACUUCACAGUGUUGACCAUUACAGUAACUAAGACACAGUUACUAAUUAUAGUGCUGAAAACAGCAUGACUGAGCCACCCCUGCUUAUAUUAUAUGCACAUGUGAUCAUCCAACCACCUGUUGAUUCCCUCCGUAUCAGACAGAAGGUCAAAUCUGACUUCGGUAACAUGAGCUACCAUUUGUUUUAUUCUAAAUGAACAAGUACAGUUGGUAGAUAUCAGUUGGACUGUAAUUUAAAUGUGUUUGAGGGCAGUGAUAUGAUUUAUAGAGGGAAGUUCAUCUGUGCAGGGAGUCAUAUGGCUCCCUUUAUUUAGCACACUAGGACAAACAAGUGUUAGUCAAGUAAGGGCAGAGGAAGAUCUCCCAAACACACUCCUGCCCCUGCACAUGUGGUAGACAUGUGUUGUCAUUUGUCUCCGCAGCUGCUGGGACAACACCUCAUAUCUCAACCCCCCUGCCAGUGAGUUUUUGGGACAUUUAGGGGACACAAGCAGCAUUUUGUCAGCCGACGUAUUUCAAACAAGUAGGCCUAGUGGUGAUGGAUUCUCGGCUGUCGAAACAGAUCCAGUGUUCGGUGUGUUUGGGGGACUUCACAGAUCCAGUGAGCCUGCUGUGCGACCACACGUUCUGCAGACAGUGUAUCAGCAAUCAUUCCCAAAGCUGCCGCCUGAAACUGUGUCCGGAAUGCAGGCGACCCUAUACCAUGUGGGACCUCCGGUCCAACCGAGUGCUGCGGAAUAUGGUGACUGCCGUGAGGGAACACUUGAGCGAGCAGCAGGCCCUCAGGGACGGGAAUGUAGCAGCUUGUGGAGCAGGGGUGAGAGUGUUUGAGGAACCAGAGAAGCUGGUGUGUUCGGAUCAUCAGGAGAGACUCAAGCUGUUUUGUGAGACGGAUCAGAAACUGGUGUGUCUGAUCUGUAGGGACGGUGAGAGACAUCAGGGACACACGUUCAAACCUGUGGAGGAGGCAGCGGAGCCCAGAAAGAAUUUAUUGUUAGAGCCUCUGAGCUUCCUGUCGAAGGAGAAUGAAGAGCUGCAGGCUCUUAUCAAGAAACAGACGAAUGAGAUCUCUAAAACGGAGGAAAGGUCUCGGCAGCUCUCUGCUCAGAUCUCUGCUCAGUUUGAGGAGAUGCACCAGUUUCUGAAGAAAAAGGAGGAGGAAGUGAAGAAAACGCUGGAGAAAGAGGAGAAGGAUAUGAUAGAAAAGAUGAAAAGAAACAGAGCAGAAAUAGAAGAGAAGCUGAAUGAUGGAAGAGAGAAGGAAGGGAUUCUACGCUCAGUCUUUGAGACUGAUCAGCCAGACGGCUUCCUGCAGUGGUGGACUGAGAAAGGGCUGGACUUUGUCGAAGAGAUGAAAGACAAAGAAAGCUGCUGUGAAAAUAAUGACACUGCUUCUCAAACAACCAAGUUCAAAUCAGCAGUGCAAAGUGUGAAUUUGACACCUAAUUCUCUGUUCCUUGGCCUUCAUGAGACUCACUUGCAGUUUAUUGUGUGGAAGGAGAUGCUGAGCUUUAUCAAACCAGUCCCUGAUCGUAAUGUCAUACAUGACUGUCAUGACCCAUACCUGACGGUCUCUUCUGAUGGACGCAGUGUCUUCCGCACAUCCAAAAAGGGGAUUUUCUUGCGUCACAAAGACUACAGGCCUCUGGCCAGGACCCACAAGACCUUCCAGUCAGGACAGCACUACUGGGAGGUGGAUGUAGGAGCAAAGAUAGACUGGAGCGUGGGCUUCGAUGGUGGGUCUAUAAGCAACUUAAACAAGGACAUUGGGCUUCACCUUAAGCAUAACCAAGGCUACUGCAUCAAAGAGUAUGAUACAGUGACAGAGAUAGAUCUGACGGUGAAGCCACGCAGGAUAGGGCUGUACCUGGACUGUGACCGGUGUCAGGUGUGCUUCUAUAACACCGAUGACAUGACUCUACUGCACACCUCCACAUACCCUUCAUCCAUCCCUUACUCCCUCAGCCUCUCUCCAGGAGCUUAUCUGGGAGGGAAGAAUGCUGAUCCGCUCACAGUGACCUGGAACUGAUCCGUCUGGGACCCUUUAUUAAGAUGGCUAUAAGAAAUGGUCCAUUUAAGGUUUUUGAGGUGAUGUAUUAGUGCUUGAGAGAGUAGUUAUAGGCUGCUGUAUUUACUUGCUUAGUUUGUUAGUGGGUGGUUUGCUUGAUUUUUUUUCUUAGACUAAACGCACUAAAUUCUGAGAACAUAAAAAAAUACAUUAUUUAUUUUUCAUCCUUUUAAAGCCAUUUCUGCUACAUUAGAAAAAAGUAAUUAUUAUUUGGUGAACUAUAAUUACUAUAACAUAUCUUCAAAAUUUCAAAAACAAGUCAUAAUUAUAGAUUAUAAGAUAUAAAGUCCAAAUUAUGACACAGAAUUUUGUUACAAUUAUGACAUACUAAGCCAUAAUUAUGAGUAAAAAGUAAUUUUUAUGUAAUAAUUGACUUUUUAUCUCCAUUUAAACCUUUUAUAAUUUCACUUAUGACUUUUUAUACCAUAAUUAUGACUGUUUAUGGCAAAACUGUUAUGUCAUAAUGACAGUUUAUUUCAUAAUUAUGACUGUAAUUAUGUGAUGUCAUAAUGACUUUAAUGCCGUCAUAAUGACGGCUUAUUUUAUAAUUAUGAAUGUUUUGUCAUAAUUAUUUUAUUUCAUGACUAUAAUGAUGGCAUAAUGACUGCCUGUGUCAUAAUUAUGAUUGUCUGUUUUGUCAUAAUUAUGUCAUAAUGACUGUUUUGUCAUAAUUAUGUUAUGACAUAAUGACUGUUUAUGUCAUAGAUUGUUUUGUCAUAUCUGUUAUGUCAUAAUGACUGUCAUAACUAUUACUCAGUAAUUAAAUUGUUUUUCAAUUGUUAUAAUAAUAAUAAUUAUGACAUAGUAUGAUUGUUUUUUGUUUGUUUUGUUUUUUCUAAUAAUGACCUUCUAGGCUGUGUGACUUUUUUUCUCGUGGUGUAAACUGGCCUUCAUAGGUAAUAGUCUAAAUGCAGCAACCAUAAUUAUAAAGUCACCUUUAUUCUUUCAACAUUAAAGUAAAUAGAAUAAUUACAGAAAAUAUUAGUUCAUAUACUUACGUUAUGGAUUAUUGGUUUGAUAUUUGAAAUAAUUUUACAAACAUGUUCAUGAUACUGUAUAUCGACCUGUAUUUACAGUAUAUUCAAAAGAGAAAUGUUUCUUUAUGUGCCAUAAGAGGGCAGUGUUAUAAAAUCUCAAUGAGAACAUAGGGACUGGCUCUAGAAAUCAUGGUGUGGGAUCAAAAUAUAUUAAUAAUGGAAAUUAGAUCUGUCUAUGAACUCACAUAAAAUGAGUAUGAUAUUAUAUCCCAAAGUGUGUAUAAGAAGUGAAUGCACUUAAGGCAUGUGCAAAUAUAUUGUCUGUACUGCAAUGUGGUCUUGAGGUUUGAUCUUGAACCUUUUUUUAUAUUAUAAGUUGCUUGUUCUGAAGUUGUCGUCACAUUAAACACAUCACAACAGCUGUAUCUGUGCAGGAGCUUGUUCAUUUAGUGACAUCUUAAUGUGACUUGUGGUACUGCAGCUGACAUAAACACUGUACAUUUGUGGCCACCACAACAUCAUACGUCUUCAGCGUCACACUCUUUGCACAUCGUUUCUUUUAAUAUUUUAUUGGGUAUAUUUACAAACACCAACAUGCAUAGAGCUGAUUCACAGGGAAUUACAGAACUCAAGAGUUGGUACAGUAUAUAAUAUGCUUUAAGUGUGCUACCAGUGAUGGGCAUUACCACACAGAGCUACGCAACUCAUUACCACACAAAGGUACACACACAGGAGAUAGAUAGAGAGAUAGACAAGAGGAACGGAUAAAAAGCAGAUCAAUGGUAUGGUAUAUUAACCACAAACAAUAAGCACACUAUAUUUAUAAUGCACCAUAGCUGUUUCUUUCUCCAAAACAUAUUAAUGAAAUUCAAAUGUCACAAUUAUAAAUGUACAGUUAAAAUGAAAAUGACUACUACAAGAACUAAAAAUAAUAAAUAAUGAUAAUAAUCAUA